AAAGAGGGCGUUGUAUGUAAAUCGCCACUCGUAAAUCUUAAGCUUUGGUGCGGGAAAUUAUUAUGCGCAGAAUUUGAUUCGGCACUGUGAUAGUUUCCGGACAUAUUUGCCCAAGGAAAUCGACGUGCUUCUCAGAGGAAUUUGCGGAGACGAACGGAGCCAUGCCGGAGGUCACCGAGUCACUGAGAGGGGCUGCUGGGACUCAUGGGGCUCCACCUGCCUUGGACGAGAGCGCAUCACUACAGGCAUUGGACGAGGCGACAGCACAACACAAGGCCAUGGCGGACAGGAGACAACUCAUCACUGAAAUGAGGAGUCAGAACUUCGAUGUGAUCCGUUUUGCGACCUACAGGGCCAGCUGUAAGCUGCGUUUCAUUCAGCGAAGAUGCAAUCUGCACCUGGUGGACAUCUGGAACAUGAUCGAGGCCUUCCGGGAGAACGGACUGAAUACGCUAAGCGCCGUGGAUGAGCUAAGCGUCAACCGGGUGGAAACGGUCCUGACCAGCAUCUACUACCAGCUCAACAAGCGCCUCCCGUCCACCCACCAGAUCAACGUGGACCAGUCCAUCACACUGCUGUCAAACUUUAUUCAGAUGGCAUUUGACGACGGAGCUACUGGGAAGAUCACCGUUUUUGCACUGAAAGUUGCCCUGUCGACACUCUGCGCUGGAAAGAUCAUGGACAAACUCAGAUAUAUAUUUUCACAGUUGUCCGACAGCAACGGCGUGCUGAUCCACUCCAAGUUUGACGAGUACCUGAAGCUGGUGCUGCAGCUGCCCACAGCGGUCUUUGAAGGGCCCUCGUUUGGCUACAGCGAGACAGCCUCCCAGUCUGUCUUCGGACAAGGGCCGAACGCCAACCGUCGAGUGACGCUGAACGACUUUCUAGACACCCUUCUGGCCGACCCCGGGCCCCCCUGCCUGAUGUGGUUUCCACUCAUGCACCGCAUGUGCAAUGUCGAGAACGUAUUUCACCCUGUGGAGUGCAGCAAUUGUAAGUCAGAGUCCAUGAUGGGGUACCGCUACAAGUGUAACCGUUGCUCCAACUACCAGCUGUGCCAGAACUGCUUCUGGAGGGGCUACACAUCCGGCAGCCACACCGCCGACCACGAGAUGAAGGAGUAUUCGUCCUGGAAAUCCCCCGCCAAGAAAGUGGGCAAGGCCCUGAAGAAGCCGUUUCGGUCACCCUCCAAGCAGCAGCGCCUACCUCACUACCCUGACGAGCCUGAACGACCGCUGGACCUCUCACACAUUGUGCCUGCCACCCCAGUAACGGUACUGACCUAUGAUAGUCCUGACAAUGCUAGAAUCUUGCGCACCGACGACGAUCUCAAAAGUCUGGACAAUUCCCGACUGGAUGAUGAGCAUAGACUGAUUGCACGUUAUGCCGCCAGGCUGGCUGCAGCCUCCAACAACCCACCAACCAUGAGUGAAAUCUCGGCUGAUCUUGACGCCAAUAAGGAGCAGCGAGCGCUCAUCGCACAACUUGAGGCCAAAAAUAGGGAAAUUACGGAGAUCCAACGCCUCCGUCAGGAACACGAUGAGGCUGUGCGCUCCCAGCCCCAGCGCAACCCAACCCUGCUGGCCGAGCUGCGGUUGCUGCGGCAACGCAAGGAUGAGCUAGAGUUGAGGAUGGCAGCACUGCAGGAGAGCCGUCGUGAGCUGAUGGUCCAGCUGGAAGGCUUGAUGAAGCUGCUCAAGAGUCAUGGUUCGCCGCGCUCUAGCCCCAACCACACCUCCAAGAAUAACAACGCCUCAACAACCACCCCUACCCAUUCUGCGGCCAUCCCUGGUGACAUCGCGACAUCCCGCAACGGCAAGCCAGCUGGCGGCGAGGGCUCCCGGAACCUGCGGAGUGACUUGCUAGUGGCAGCAGACUCUGUGACCAGCGCCAUGUCCUCGCUAGUACGGGAGCUAAACUCAGAGGCUGAUGACGAUGACGAUGACGACGAUGAUUUUGUGUCUGAGGGGGGCACCAUCAAGAGUCCAGACACGCCCAGUAAAGACAGCAAAGCCAACACUCGGGAUGUACCAUUGAGUCGCAGGGUGGGUCAGCGCUCAGGGCCAACCGGCGACAAGGGCAACAAGAUGUCGGAGCAGGAUUUUAUCGCCGAGCUGACGGCACGGAAGGAGGGUCGGCCCAGGGAGCAUGCGCGGCCUCCCUCGGGGCUAGACGUCUCUGGUCAGAGUCAGACAGAUGAUGACAGUUACAUCGCAACGGAUGACGCCGAGUCCUACGUCCGCACGGACGAUGACAGCUACAUGAGGACAGACGAUGAGUUACAGGGUCGAGUCACUGACGACGAACUCAAAGAAGCCAAGGAAUUGUAUCGCCGUCACACGGAUGACGAAAGUUUCAAUCGCACCACCACAGACGACGAAAGUUACAUCCGUACCGACGACGACGAACCGCGAAACCCCCUGUGGGAGGACAACACGCGUCGAUGGAUCAAUCGGUGAUCAGCAAUCAAUAGCCAAUAUCCAUUAGCUAGUAAUCAAUAGCCAAUGUAUUAAUCAGCAUUAUUGUCCAGCAGUGGUAGAGCUAAGGUUAAAACAAUUGCAGCCAGUGAUUUCUGCAGGGCACCAGUCUUUGGUCGGGGAAGUUGUAAACGUCAGGCAUUAUUUGCUUGGGCAUUGUUUGUGCUCAGCAACAGAAAUGUACCUUUUCUGUGUACAGUUCCUUCCCUCUCGUGACAAGCGGAAUGUAGAUACCAGUGGUGCCCACACAAGUGACGCUACAGAUUUGGCAAAUAACCAGUGUGCAGUCCAUGUCGGAAGCACGUUAGUACGUGUGCCGUGCGUUACGUCAAGGGGUAUGGUUUCUGAAUAAGAUCUCUUGUUUACAAAUGGAGCCCAUAAUAAGGCCUUCGUGUGUAUUUUCUGUCAUCAAAAGAGAGCUGUUCCCUUUGAUGAAUGACCGAAUGAAACGGACCGUUACAAGUUUGACCGAGUACAAGUUUCAAAGUUUUCUAACCAACAAGCAGUGAAUUGCAUCUUUGUGUCUGCCCCUCUUGAAUUGCCUUGUUCCUGGCACUAGUGGCUUGCCUUCUGAGGGCGGUGUGGAGAUUUUCUUACAGGAGCUGUCCUAUCCUGUCGGUACACGUAGAUCUUCUGCCUGAUUCUUCUUGGAAAGUCCCCAAACUGUUGCAGCUUGUUUAAAGCAGAAGAAUACACUCAGGAAACACAACCUUAGGCCUUCCACUGCUGUGGUGAAAUGUUUAUUUAAAACCAUAUACACGUAUACUUGUAAUAUAGUAGUAACGUCAGUGUAUACGGCUUGGAAGCAUUUAAGGCAGAGGGUUUUUUCUGUUUGAGGUCACCUCUUCCUGUUUUCAUUUUUCAUCACUUUUUACCUGGCAAUCAAUCUGUCCGUUAACAAUCACUGCCUAAUUGAUGAGUCUGUGUUGAUAGCCAUUAAUCGUCGUACUGAAUGUGAAAAGCUUAUCGUUGUAAGUUAUUUGAAAGAGUCAUUUUUGAGCUACUUUGAAAUGCUGCCAAUCAUUGCAUGGGUGUCGAUCUGUGCAAUUUGGAGUUGAUUUUAAACAGUAGCAAAAUUACCAGCCUCUCGUAUUUAGAAACGGCAGCUGUUGGCUGAGGUAGAGAGUUUUGUACUUUGGCUUUGCCUUGGUAGUGUUUAUUCAUGAAACGGUAGUUGGUAGACCCAAGUCAAUUCACCUAUGGGCACUUUUGUUGGCAGAGGUUUGGUGGUUGCGCCAUUCAGACUGCGAUGAGUUUCAGCGUGGGUAUUCACCAGUCACAAAACUCAACCUGUGUGUUUGUAGCAACACCAGAUUCAGGAUUUCGUUUUCCCUCUGACAAGUGCUUAUUUACAGAAAACCAGGCUGGUCUCUGCUCGCGAUUGAUUUGGGGUAGGCGAAGUACAAAGACAGCCAGCUGGUUACAACUUCUUGUCUGCUUGAAAAUCUUGUUGAAAGUGCACGCAUCUCACAUAAGGAUCGGCACAGAUUAGCUGUCACUGAAGCAUUGCGUUGCUUCUUACCUGCAGAUGUAUACAUGUGUUGGUUGUUCCCCACUUGGUGUUUGCCGAAGGUGGACUGUACAAGAAAGUACAUGUAGUAUGACAUUGGGAUUUGUUAGAAAUGAAACUAGGGGCAUCAAGUUUUCUCUUUUAUCCUUUCAAAAAUCCCUUUUUCCAAAGUCAUUUUGAAGCAUUCUUAACUUAUGUUUUAAAGCACAGUCUCUUUUAUUGUUUUACCUUGUAAAAUGAAGUGUAAGUAUGGACAGAAAUUAGCCUUAUUUUACCCCCUACUCAUAAUUCUCAUGUUUUAUAAGAAAUUUCUCCCUUUUUUCCUGUUCAUUCCGAGCCUGACACUCAGUACGUGAAUUGGUCUGAGCUACUGAUUUCCUCUCCCUCAUUUGGACGGGGCAGUAUAUGAAUACCGAAGAAAGGGGGUUAGCGCUGUAACCUGUCAGGUAACUAAUCAGACCUAAAAUAAAUGGGUUUUUGUGCCAGAAACUUAUUACUGAUCCAAUAAUGUGUCAAGUUUGGAAGGCAAUGUGUGCAGGGGAUUACAGUAUUCUUGCCAUGAGCUUAAGUUUCAUCAAGUAGCUUGAAGUACUCUCCUACAAAGCCUACUGUCAACAUUCUCGGACAUACAGCAAAUCACUCACACAUGUGGAAAUUUCUCACCAAUUUCUCCUUUGCGUAGACCCCUACAGCUUUCACAGGUAUCACUUUAUUUCUGGUUGCAGUCUCCAGAUUAUCACACAUUUACAUAGAGAUACAUACUUUGAAUAACCACAUGUGUCUUAAAACAAAAGCUAAGGAAACUAAGCACCUACUCGAAGAAUUAUGCAUACAGCUUUUCGUUUUAAGCAUAUUGAUGUUUACUCGACCGCGCAGAUUAAUUUACAGGGAAAUAAGUUGUUCAGAUUUCACCCUGAACAGAAGAUGCUUUCAUUUUAAAGACACUAGCCCUAUAAUGCAUGUAGUGCUGGAUUGAAACAUUCAUAAGACCACAGACUUUCACGGCUUGACUGCUGGGAAGCAGCGAUGCAAUGUUUCAUCCACCCCCCCCC